GCACCACCGAUCUGAAGGGCCAUCCGAUUGUCACUGUUGAUGCGGAAUGCGUACUGGCAGCCGGUCUGAACUGCUACGAAAUAGCAACGGUGCUACUCUACUACAGUACGAUACCUGAGAGAACUUCAGCAGCGAAUGCUAAUGACCGUGCCACAACGCAGCAGCAGCAACCUUCAAUGCAACAACAACAAACACAACACAGCCAACAAAAGUCCCCGGCAGAACCAGCGUUCGUCAACCGUCCGUCGACACCAAAAAUGGCCAGCGCAGUGACGGCAGCGACGUCGGCAUCUGGCAACUCCGCAAGUGUGUCAGUCACCUCAAAUGUCACAACAGCCACCGUCACCGCCGCUAAAUCACCCGCCCAUGCGACUGCUGACAGCAACAACGCCACCAACAGCAACGACAGCAACUACAGCGGCAGCAGUGGCAGCCCCGGUGCUGCAACACCAACGUUCACCAUUCUAAUUGCCAUCGAAAAGUCGGGCCAAAUGUGCGUAAUCGACUUAAUUUGCCAAAGUCUGCGUCUACUGACAAGGCAAAUUGCGUAUUGCGAAAUUCUUGCCGUUUGCCUCGAACACAAGUUAUUGCUGGAACAACAACAACAACAACAACAGCAGCACUCAGCAUUUGGCAAUAACACGGCUGUCAGCAGUUGCGCUAAUGGCGAGAAUAACGAAAGUUGCAUUAAGGAACAGCAACAGCAACAGCAAGCUGCAGCAACACCGCAAAUACAACAUUCGUUGAAAUUCAUUAGCGUCAAUGAAGUCACGACAAGUGUUGCACCAUCGCAAAUACCGUACGGCAAAUUGCAAGGUUUGCAUCAUCACGACGCGCGGAAGUGGCGCGAAUUCUUCGUCGCACUGGAACCCUUUCAACGGCAAUGCGCGACGGCGGGCCAGCGGCUAGUGGCCGCCAUGAGUGACAUACGCUCCGCCGACCUACAGGGUUUACCCACACGUCGCCAAUUGUACGCGCAACAUCGCGCGCUAAGUCGCGCGCUUAUGGAUUCUGAAUUACAUAAUUUGCGCAAGCGCGGCGCUUUACAGUUAGCGCGUCUGCAGGAGCUGGCCAAAUCGUUUGCGUUCGUUGCAGCGACGCCAACUGACGCCGGCGAAAAUAGCCAUAAUCAUAAUGGCAACAUCAGCGUGGCUAACAGUAGCAAUAACAACAACAACAAUGCGCGCUAUUGCUAUGGCAGCAGCAGCAGUGGUGCCGGUGGUGUAGGCAACAGCAAUCGCCACAGCAGCAGCAACAAACUAUUGUCCACCAUUUCAUCCAUCAGCCAUCUCGGUUUUGGUGGCAGUUAUAGCUUUAGCAUGACACAUCAACAACAGCAACAACAGUCGUCACAAAGUCGCCCCGCUGCGUCAAAGUACAGCACAAUGACGUCAUGCGAUGCCAUCAGCCGGCCAACAGUAGCGGCCAACGCGACGGUAGCUAAUAAUGCUGUUGCGGCAGAUAACUGUAGUGCAAUGGGCAACGUGGAUGUUGCAAUUAGGCUGCAUAAAGUGACAUUACUAUUCAAUGAGGUCGAUCGCGCGGCCAAGCGGCUGGAGCAGCUCACGGAGCAGCGUCGUGAGCGUUUGCGUGAAUUGACGCGUCAGCGAGCGCUGGAGGAUGAAAUUAACGAGGUAAGUGUGACUGAUAAAGUUCGUCUAUUUGUUUGCGGGAGAAAGUGUUAGUGAAAAGUUUGUGUAAUUUUGUUUCUUUUGCGAGAAUAACUGACACUUUCUGUGAUGUAAGCUAAAAGUUGUAUUGAACGGCGAUAAUAUGGAGGUUUCAAAAACUAUUAUUCUUAAUUUUAGUAAAU